AUGCAAGUACCACGUUCCCCUGUACUAAUCACUCGUUCGCGAAAGCAGCGGGAAAACCAGAAACCUCAAGGAAUCCUCCCGCGAGCUCGAGCCGCGCAGACAGCACCUGCCAAUAUACCUGGAUCCUCGGAGGCUCCACUGGGAAGUCGAAAGAAGGCUGUGGUAGCGCCUCAGGAGCGCUCGCGUCGGGGACGGCCUGUCCUAGAAGAGAAGACGGGAAGUCAGACGAGCCUGCCUCGCACGAGGCAGACGUCGCGUGCAGCAGAUAGCAGUUCUGGUGGAGGGAACGGCGGGCAAGUGCGACAAGAGGCGUCUCUCUUGGACUCCGAAGCGAAACGGGAAUCGCAUCCCCAGGCUAAAUCCAAACCCAGAAAGAAUCUCUGCUAUGUCAACGUACCUCCUCUCCCCAAACGCGCACUCCGCAGACGCCCAGUCGGCGAGGCUAUCACUCAGGCCGUGGUCCCAGUCGCCACUGAAUCACCGCCAGAUAUGCUUCCGCUUCCGAACCGUUCUCCGUCGCCCUACGCAGCAUCUGCCGAGUCCCCGUCAGAUUGCGAUGUCUACCUCUCUCAGAGAGAACGGCCCUCAGACGAUGCGGGAAUCAUCACCCCUCUAGAUUCCUCCCAGCCUCCGGAUUCAAGCUACAGCGGUGGACUCGUCACUCUCUUCAUUAUCCUCUUCAUCGGCACCACUUGGGGUCUUCUGUACUACCACAUCGACCCUGAUACUGGCUAUGGCAGGUUGCUCGCGUUUCCUUUGCAGCUGGGUUAUUGA